AGCAAAUCGCACUAGUACAACGAACUAUGUUUCAUUACAAACAUUGGCUGGGUGAAGGAGUUCCAAGCAAGCCAAGUCGUCUGUUCAUUUCACCGGUUGACAUUAAAGAGGUGGAUGAUGCUGGUGAUGCGGUUGCUGAGGGCUAGAGUGAAGCAUGCUGGGAGCAGUCCCCAGUGCAGUGCUAAGCGAUUGAGCUCAGCAGUACCUGGGAUCAGCUCAUGCUCACAACAGUCCUGCACUGAUACUGACCACCCCAAAGUCCUCAUCACUGGAGGGCUUGGACAGCUAGGGGUGGGGCUCGCCAAGUUGCUGAGGAGACAAUUUGGAAAAAACAAUGUGAUCCUGUCUGACAUCAGGAAACCCCCCAAACAUGUCUACCAUAAUGGUCCAUUCAUCUUCUCAGACAUCCUGGACUUUAAGAACCUCCAGAAGAUUGUGGUGAACAACAAUAUCAGCUGGCUAGUUCACUACUCAGCUGUGCUGUCCGCUGUGGGAGAGAACAAUGUCUCUCUGGCCAAAGAGGUCAACAUCACGGGUCUCCAUAACAUAUUAGACAUAGCAACCGAACAUGGUCUACGUGUGUUUGUCCCCAGCACGAUGGAGGCCUUGGGUCCAUCCUCAUCCAGUGACCCCACCCCUGAGUUGUGUGUGCAGAGACCACGCACCAUCUACGGUGUCUCAAAGGUCCACGCAGAGCUGAUGGGUGAGUACUACCACCACAGGUUUGGGCUGGAUUUCCGCUGUCUCAGGUAUCCAGGCAUCAUAUCAGCUGACCCCCAGCCUGGAGGAGGAACCACAGAUUAUGCGGUCCAGAUCUUCCAUGCAGCUGUAAAAACGGGUUGUUUUGAGUGUAACCUGCGCAGUGACACACGGCUUUCUAUGAUGUACAUUGAUGACUGUCUCAGGGCUACAUUAGAGUUCUUGGAGGCUCCGGCAGACGCACUGGUCAGCCGCACCUACAAUAUCAACGCUAUGAACUUUACACUGCAUCACCUCAUCCAGGAGAUACAGAAAGUCCUGCCGGACCUCAAAGUCACCUACAAUGUGGAUCCUGUCCAGCAGGGUAAAGCUGAUGGCUGGCCAACGGCAUUAGAGGACAGUGCAGCGAGGCGGGACUGGGGCUGGAAGCAUGAGUAUGACCUCUCCGAGUUGGUGCAGACCAUGCUGACUCACAUCACUACGGGCAACCAGCUGGCACAAGCCUACUGAGCCUUUUGAAGCAACUCCAUACAAAGCUUGAUUUGAAAGUCUGCGACACUGAGGUUUUAAGAGAAACCUUUAGUACUUACACUUUAAAAAAAGUUAUGUCUUUA